GUGGGGUCUAGUUCUAAGAUUACAACUACUUGUAUAAAAUUGGCACUGAAGUUGUAAAAGAACUCACUGUGAUGUAACUUCAGGUGAACAAAACCACUGCAGACUGGCAGUGGCAUGUACUGAACAUCAGCAGAACUCUCUGAUGCAUGGUGAUCAGAACUUUAAAUAUCUUUUUGCACACUUUGAACCCUGAAUCCAUAAACUCAAACCACGGCUGGAACACUCCAUCACUGACAAGCUGGAGCUGCUCAUCUGCAAUCACACAAUUCAUAAUAAUAAUUCAUCAUUUUCUUGUGCAUUUCUCAGGUGUCCACAAGCUGAUAUUGCCAGCAGACAGGAAUUUUCUAGGAACUAGUUGUGCAUUCCAAAUAUUUUCCUUCUUUCCUCCCUUUCUACAUCCUCCAAGUAGGCUGUUCUGUGAUGUGCUUGCAUUAAAAAAAAGGAAUCCUAUGCUUCUAACAUUUUUUUUUUUCACUUUAUAAAGCAUAAAGGUAUCCAGACCGAGAUUAGAUAUUUGAACUAUCGUAUGAAAUAGGUACGCAGUUAAAGGGCGGUCAGGCAAUGGGAUAGGUAUUACAGGGCAGUGCUGGAGUCAGCAUCCCUGGAGGUGUGCAAGGUGUUCCACGCGGGCACCGGCCGAUGGGGUUCCUGUUUCAGAGGGGUUACGGAGGCGGUGCAGGGCUGACGGCCGGGCUGUGUGCCGCAGAGGCCCCUUCCAGGCCCCACAGCUCCCUGACCCGCGCCUCCCUCACGCCUCCCUCACGCCGCGGCCGCCAUGGCCGCUCCCUCAGCCGCCGCAGCCCACGUGACCCCGCCCGGCGCGCGCCCGCCCCGCCGCGAGACUCUAUGGCGGAGGGCGCGCGCGGGCCCGGGAGCUCUCGCGAGAGCCGCGAUGGAGGCGGCGGGAGGAGGCGCCGGAGGAGGAGGAGGAGGAGGUGUCAUGGCGGCGGCGGGCGCGGGGUCCGCGGGGUCCGCAGCGCGGGGCGGCGGCGGCUCCUCGGCCGCGUCGCGCUGGUUCUUCAGCCGCGAGCAGCUGGAGAACACGCCCUCGCGGCGCUGCGGCGUGGAGGCGGACAAGGAGCUCUCGUACCGGCAGCAGGCGGCCAACCUCAUCCAAGACAUGGGCCAGCGCCUCAACGUAUCUCAGCUUACCAUAAAUACUGCAAUUGUUUACAUGCACAGGUUUUAUAUGCAUCAUUCCUUCACAAAAUUUAAUCGAAAUAUAAUGUCUCCCACGGCAUUGUUUUUGGCUGCAAAAGUGGAGGAACAGCCACGGAAACUUGAACAUGUUAUUAAAGUAGCAAAUGCCUGUCUUCAUCCUCAAGAGCCACAGCUGGAUACAAAGAGUGAUGCAUACCUUCAACAAGCCCAAGAGCUGGUUAUACUUGAAACAAUAAUGCUUCAAACUUUAGGUUUUGAGAUUACCAUUGAACAUCCACACACAGAUGUUGUGAAAUGUACACAGUUAGUGAGAGCAAGCAAGGAUUUGGCACAGACAUCCUAUUUCAUGGCUACCAACAGCCUUCACCUUACCACAUUCUGUCUUCAGUACAAGCCCACAGUGAUAGCAUGUGUGUGCAUUCACUUGGCCUGCAAGUGGUCCAACUGGGAGAUUCCAGUAUCAACUGAUGGAAAACACUGGUGGGAAUAUGUAGAUCCCUCAGUUACUCUAGAGCUACUGGAUGAGCUAACUCAUGAGUUUCUGCAAAUACUGGAGAAAACACCUAGCAGGCUCAAGAGAAUUAGAAAUUGGCGGGCUAAUCAGGCAGCUAAGAAACCUAAAGGUGAUGGACAGGUAUCUGAAAACUCGCUUCUUGGUUCAUCUUUGGUCCAGAAUUCCAUUUUGGUGGAUACAGUUACUGGUGUAGCUGCAAACACAAGUUUCCAAAAACCAUCGACAUCAUUUCCUGCACCAGUACCUCUGACCUCAGGAAGUAUUUCUGUUCCAGACAGUCAUGCACCUGAAAAUUUGGCAAUAUUAGCUACAGGAAUGCCAAGUACCUCAUACAGUUUGGCAUCACACCAGGAAUGGCCUCAGCACCAAGAACAAACAAGGACAGAGCAAAUAUACUCUCAGAAGCAGGAGACUCUGCCUGCUAGUCAGUACAACAUGAACUUCCAAGCAGGGACGUCCGUGCAGUUGCACUCCGGAGUUCACCACAGACCUGACAAACUUGCUGAGCAUUCUACUGUCAAACAAGAAUAUUCUCAUAAGUCAGCAAACAAACACCAUGGACAAGUUGCUGCUCCUGUAAUAAUUCCUCAAAAAAUGUCUUUGGAUAAAUACAGAGAGAAGCGCAAACUAGAAACCCUGGAACUGGAUGUCAGAGAACACUAUGUAGCAACCCCUGGCGAGCAGCAGCAUAAAAAGCACCUGCAGCCACAGGCAGCCAGUUCUGUUACAUCUCCCAUUAAAAUGAAAAUUCCUAUUGCAAAUGCAGAGAAGCCUGAAAAACACUUGUCUGAUAAGAAGGAGAAGGGUGGCUCGCUCAAACUCCGUAUUCCAAUCCCACCCACAGAAAAGGGUGCCAGUAAGGAGGAGCUGAAAAUGAAAAUCAAGGUUUCUUCCUCAGAAAGGCACAGCUCGUCAGACGAGGGCAGCGGCAAGAGCAAACACUCGAGUCCCCACGUUAGCAAAGAGCAUAAGGACAAACACAAAGAGCACUCGCUGAACCGCCACCACGGCGUGGGCCACAAGCACUCGCACUCGCACGGGGGCGGCAGCGGCAGCAGUAAGCACAGCACCGAUGGAGUGACGCCCUCUGUGCUGAGGAGUCCCGUGGGCCUGAGUAGCGACGGCAACUCCUCUAGUUCCGGCUCUUCGAGGAAGAAGUUGCACAGCAAUGAUGCUUCUCACAACCACCACUCCAAAAUGAGCAAAAGUUCCAAAAGUUCAGGUAGUUCAUCUAGUUCUUGCUCUGUUAAGCAGUAUGUAUCCUCUCACAACUCUGUUUUUAACCUUCCCUUACCCCCUCCUCCCCCUGUCACAUACCAGGUGGGCUACGGACAUCUCAGCACCCUCGUGAAACUGGACAAGAAACCAGUGGAGAACGGUCCUGAUGCCCAUCCCCAGUACAGUACAAACAGCCAGCAUAUGGACUACAAAGACACAUUCGACAUGCUGGAUUCGCUGUUAAGUGCCCAAGGAAUGAACAUGUAGUCAAUUCUUAGCUUUGUUGAAGACUCUACCUUAAUCUGAGAAGAAUUAGUACACACCAUGGAAUUAUGUACAUCCCACUAGAGCUCACAUGCCCAGGCUCCUGCCUUUAUUCUGCAAGGUACUUUAACGUGAAGAAACUUUAACAUGAUGUUGCCAUGGAUGUCUGGCAUGAGCACCAAUUGAUAUUCCUCAAAAAAGGACUGUUAACUGCUUGAAC